AUGGCUCAUGAUCAAGAUUUCUCCUUGCUUGACGCAAGCAUCUCGGACCUCCAAUCCGCACUCUCUGCAGGAACACUCUCUGCCGUCGAUCUAGUAUCAAAAUAUCUCCGAAGAAUCAGUACAUACGAUGCAAAUGGCCUAAAACUCAGCGCAAUCCCAAUUAUCAACCCAUCCGCCAUCCACGAUGCAGCAGCCUCCGAUGCCCGACGUGCAUCUGGUCUACCACCACGGCCACUAGAGGGUAUUCCAUACCUCGCCAAAGACAGCAUCAAAGUCAAAGGGAUGAGCGUCGCCUGUGGAUCCCCAGCUUUUGAGAACCUCAUCGCGAACGAAGAUGCAGCGUGUAUCAAAAUCCUCCGGGACGCCGGAGCCAUUCUUCUAGGACGGACGAAUAUGCCUGCAAUGGCAUACGGCGGUAUGCAGCGUGGCUGCUACGGUCGUGCUGAAAGUCCUUAUGACAAGCAAUUUCUGGCCGCAGCUUAUGCAUCAGGCUCAUCGAACGGGUCCGCCGUCGCCACUGCAGCUAACUUUUGUGCCUUUUCGCUUGGCAGCGAGACUGUGUCUUCGGGUCGUUCGCCUGCAUCGAAUAAUUCCGUCGUCGCUUACACGCCUUCUAAAGGCCUCCUACCCCUUCGCGGUGUCUGGCCUCUCUAUGCCACCUGUGAUGUGCUCGUUCCUCACACCCGAACCAUAGCAGAUCUAUUCCAGGUUCUCGACGUCCUGGCCGUUUCCGAUCCAACCCCAAAAGGAGAUUUCUACCAGGAACAACCCCUCAUCCCCCUCCCUUCAAUCGACACCCUCCGACCAGAGUCAUUCUCAACUCUCUGCGACGCCACUUCGCUGCGUGGAAAGCGUAUCGCCAUACCAUCCAUGUAUAUCGGCGGCGACCAGUCUUCCCUCAACCCCGCUAGCAAAGUCAACACCCGUCCCUCCGUCAUCAAGCUCUGGCAAAAAGCCAAACAAGUCCUAGAGUCCUGCGGCGCAGAAGUAAUCGAAACAGACUUCCCACUCGUAACAACCUACGAAUCAAACGCCGACAAAGGCCAACUCGUCACAGUCGCAGGCCUGCCAGAAGGUUGGUCAUCAAUGGAGCGAAGCGAGCUAGUCGCCCAUAUCUGGGACGAUUUCCUCAUCGCAAACGCACAGGAAGGUCUUAGCUCCCUCGCGCACGUCGAUCCGGCUACCAUCUUCCCCCUCGCGCCGGGUUCAUUGAAGGGCACGCCUGAUGCAGCGAAUGCGCUGCGCUGGGACGAGAUGGUCAAGUAUCCGCUCCGGAGACCGGAUUCCAUUUUUGAUAUUCCUGGUCUUCGGCAGGGAAUUGAGGCGCUUGAAAAUGCGCGCAAGGAGACUCUGGAGAAGUGGAUGGAUGGGCUUGGUCUUGAUGCUGUGGUUUUCCCGGCGAAUGGUGAUGUCGGCGCUGCGAAUGCGGAUUGUGAGGAGGUCGCUUCGCGCUUUGCUUGGAGUAAUGGAGUUAAGUAUUCGAAUGGUAAUAGACCUAUUCGGCAUCUGGGUGUUCCUACAAUCUCUGUGCCUAUGGGUGUUAUGGAUGAUACGGGGAUGCCUAUUAACCUCACUUUUGUUGGGAAGGCAUAUGAUGAUACUAGUUUGCUGAAGUAUGGGUUUGCGUUCGAGAAAGCGAUGAACGGCCGUGUGCGGCCUUCGUCUGUGCCUGCCCUUGACUCUGAUUGUGUCAAGGCUGCCAAGGGCACCCUUUCCUGGACCUCACAGUCGAUUCCAGAGUUGGUGGUGCAGAGUCAGUCAAAGAAAAUUGAGAACUCAAUAGUUUUUGUCCAAAUUGAGGGGACGGUAGUCCCGAACGAUAUGGAGCUGUCUACACUAUUGUGCUAUGUCAAUGGUGAACCAUUCAAUGCUGUCUCAGAUGGAGAUAGAUGGUUCCUUGUCGCAUCUUAUCCUGAGUCUGAGCGCGACCAAACCUGGGAAAGAUGGUCGAGCCCUGCUUUGACCCAGACUAUCGUGGUUAUCACAGCUCGUACCAAGUCUGGCUCGACGACUGGUAAAUUGAUACUGUUGUAA